AUGGACCAGCACCAGGAGCUGGAGGUGGAUGUGGAGGGAGAGCCAACGGAUCAGCGCAAGGAGGAGGAGGCGGACGCGGACGCGGGCAAGCCUGAAGAGCCGACGGAUCAGCGCAAGGAGGAGGAGGAGCGGGAGGAGGGAGACAACCUCAAAGAGCCAACGGAUCAGCGCAAGGAGGACAAGCCUGACGGGCUGACGGAGCAGCACAAGGCGGAGGCGGUGGCGGUUGCGGUGGUGGUGGCGGAGGUGGACAAGUCUGAAGAGCUGACGGACCAGCGCAAGGCGGGGGCGGUGGUGGAGGUGGAGGUGGACAAGUUUGAAGAGCUCACCGACCAGCGCAAGGAGGAGGCGGCGGAGGACAAGGACAAGGAGACGGAGAGGAGCUCCAGCGAAGAGUCGCCGUCGCUCUUCGUGCACCCGUGCUCGCUGCUGCUGCGGUACCUCGUCCGUGCCUACGCCUGGUGCAUGGGCAUGGCCGACUGGUUCGGCGGCGGCGGCACAAGGCCGAGCGCCGCUCCUGCCGCGUCCCUUAACUCGUCACGGGAAGAAGCAGGCGAGGCGGCGGGCGUCAGGACCAGGGAGAUCUCCAGCUCCAAGACCACUGACAGAGUAAGUAGUUUCCAAGUUUUUUUGCAAGCAUUUCUCAUUUCCGGAUUAUUCUCCAUAGUUGACGACGAAGCUCUUGGCCACGCACGUACGCGAUUUCUGCAGGGGUUCUACGUGCGGGAGAUGAUCGUGAGCAUGUGGGCGGUGAGGAGGCCGCGGCCGCCCGGCAACCCGAGGGAAGGGCGCGGCGGCGGUGGAGGAAGCCACAACUAG